GAUUAUCAUGGCGACGGAAUCCAGCAAUUGAAAAGGCGCUAAAUUUCAUCUGCUGGUAUUCGCACAUAGGCUAACUGACACGCUUCCAUCAAUUUUGGUCAGGAAAGUUUAAUGUGUGAGUCUGUAAAUGACGAAAUUUGGGAAGCUCAGUCCAAAGGACAUACCAAUCUCUACUUGAAUUAUCGUAAGCUUAGCGAGUUGCCUGAGGAACUUCUUAAUUUGUCCAGGAUAAAGAAACUUUACCUCAAACAAAAUGUUCUGACCAAGCUGGUAAGAAACCAUAAAUAGGCUUAAUAAAACAUUUGAAAAACUAUUUCCUCAUGAAUUUAUCGCAUUGCUUUUUACACUUUAGCCUGCAGAUAUCUGGAAGCUUGAAAAUCUGGUAGAGCUGUAAGUAAACUUUAUGUCAAGAUCGUUUUUAAGUAAAUGAGCAAAUACUCUCAUUUAAGUAAAUCAGCUUUUGAGGUUUCCCUUUGCUCCAUAAAGUAACCCACUUUCCCUGAGUUUGCUAACUUUGACUCAGAUCAACUGGGUCAGUACAGGUCUUUGAACAAGUUAAGUGGGUUGGUGUACUGUGGUAUAUUUUAUAGACUUCUCUAUUGUGAUUAUGACCCAUUUAAAAAUGGCUUUGGCACAUAUUUAAACUGGAGGUUAGAGAAUUAAGAUGCUUGCAGGGUUAAGAAGUGGUUUUAAUAGCAACAAACUAAUUUAAAGGUGGCAUUGAAUUAAUCUGAUUUAUGAUGUUUUUCUUUUUGCAGAUAUAUACAUUCUAAUUACCUUCAUCACCUUCCAGAUGGUAAAUAAUUCUUGUCAGCCUUUUCAUGAUGAUAAAAUAUUGAAAAUGUGAACUUCACCAAUUUUUUCUUUUCAUAAUUCUAUAGUGGUAAUCUUUUGAAAAUUACCAUUUGACCAUGCAAAGAACUCCAUGCUACACUAGCAUAAAUUAUUAAGGUUAUUCUAAAGUCAGUCUCUUAUUCAAACUUAACUUUACCUCCACUCUAGUUUUGCACAUUUUUAAUGAGGCUUUUAUCAAAAACAUUUUAUGAGAUUUUCAGAGAUUUAUGCAAUUCAGCUGAGAUUCUGAGACAAGGCAAUUUAAAAAUACUGGUGUUCAUGCAUGGGAGUCUGAUGAAAAUGUGUUAUUCUGGCUUGUAGAGAUUGGAAAACUUCAAGUGCUUGAAAAAUUAAAUGUCAGUUUCAACCACCUUAAGAUCCUGACACCAGCUGUCAGUCAGCUGAAAUCACUGACUUCCCUUGAACUUGCCAACAAUCAGUUGACAUUUUUACCUAAAGGUAGGCAUGUUAUUUUAGUCAGAAGAACAUUGUUGCUUAUAUUUUUUGAUGAUUAGAUAAUAAUUAGCCCUGACCAGGCAGGCCUUUUUACUUUUAAGAUGUGCUUGAUUGCUUCAUUGUCAAGGAAAAGUGAUGAAUUACAAUAACAAAUCACACUGAUUCUUUGGUUGUUUGUAGAGCUUGGAAAUCUCAUCAAUUUGAGAGAUCUCAAUGUCAUGAACAACAAGCUCGAGUGGUUACCAUGGCAACUGUGUAACUGUUCAUCACUCAAGAUUCUGUCAUUUGAUGGGAAUGCAGUUCAGAAGAUUCCACAUCAGUUAAUGACACAUCAAGGACUGGCUGAACUGUAUGCAAGUGGAAAUAAUUUGUGUACUUUGCCUCAAGGUAAACUUUAAGCAUCCCUAAAUCCACAUACCUGUAGAUAAUUCAAGUUUGGCUAUGUUUAACUGCUAAAAAGAAAUUCAUAGUACUGCCAAGAAGAAAGUUUUUUUUCCUUCAAGUUCAGUGGAUGAUACAUAUAUAGAUCUUCAUGAUUCAGAAUUUUACUUGUGUUGUGACUUCGCAGAUUUGAAUAAACUCUCAUCGCUGGAGUCACUGAUACUGGAUCACAAUACCAAACUUCAGCUGUUACCAGCAACACUAUUGAAAAUGAAGGAUUUAAAAAUGAUUGGCUUGAGUGGUUGGUAUGUGUUUCAAAUCUGAAACAAAUUUACCCCGAUAACCUUCUGUGAUGGUCCACAUUAUUGUAAAUUAUGGCCAUGAAGAACUUAUUCACUCAAAGAGUGGUGUAAGGAAAAAGUUACAAACUUAUGUGAUAAAAAAUGUCAAUUACAUUAGUUAAUUGGUCACUUUUUUAUUUCAAAUUGCCUCUGUUGCCAAUUCUAGGUGGAAAACUCCAAAGGAGUACUGAACAGUAGUUGCAGACCCCUUUAUACAGCAAGCUGGAAGUUCUCUUCUCAUAUUUUAUUUUAGACUUAGAGAUGGGACAUAAAUUUGACUAACAUUCUCUCUUGAUUACUUAGUGCCACUAAGGAGCUGGCCAGACUGCCAGGGAGAGAUUCUAGAGGUGAGAAUUUAAGUCUAAGUAUCAGUAUCAUUUUAAUUACAUUCCUUUGUAAAGGUGCUACCAAUUCAUUGAAGAUUAUUAUAUUCCAAGUUUUGGGAGACUGUUACAACUAAUAUGUUUUACAGUUGCAUUCCAAUAUAUUUUUUCGACAGAAUUGGUGGAGGUGUUGAAUUUAAGGAAUAUUCUUCAAGGGAGCAGUGGAAGAAUCCUUCCUCUCCUUGAGUUGUGCCUCAGAAAAGUGCACUGCUUUGGUGAGUAUAUCUUAUUGUCUUUGGUUUGAUUGUUGUUGUGACUUAUAAUUAAAAGUUUUGCUUGAUCGAAAUGUACUCGGUUUCUGGCAUUGAAUUAAAUAUGAAACUUUGGAGUACUUGGCCUGGCAAGAUUACCCAGUGGGUAAGUCAGAAUUAAUCAACUACCAAGAACUUUCCAGAAAGGUGGAAAAGUGUGGUAGUCAUAUUAAUGACAUAAAAAUAAGGAGUUGCAAAAGGUCACGCAAUCAAAAGACAAAUAUGAUCAGUACAGCAAAAUGUGCAUUUUUGUUGUUCUCUGCAGAGUGCUCACACAAUUAACCAAAUGUGUUCAAGAGUUUUUUUUAGAUCCUACACUGUAGGACCGAAAAUAUAAUUUUUAUUGCGAUACGCACAAUUAAUGCAGCGUUUUUUGCACACCAACUUUUUAAAUUAUUUAGAUUAUUGUAACAUAUAGUUUUUUAGUGUGCCUAUAACAUCAUGGUCAGGUAUUGAAUAGUUUUGCACUUUAUUCCCACAAACCAAUGCUUCUGCAGAUCUUCUGGUGAUCUCUGUAUUUGUAAUUCUUAUUGGUAAAUUAAGACCGUGUUUUUGUGACUGAAAACUUGUUACUUCUAAAGACUUCCGUUACCAUGGUUAUUUCCUUUGCAUAGUUCGGUCAGUCAGUGUUGAAAAACUUUCGUCCCUUGAGCUUCCAUCCCACGUGACCACUCUACUGGCUGCGCCCACAGGACACUGUUUCGUUUGUGACAGUUCUUACUUCACAGCGGUAUUCCUCCAGGAAGAAAGCGCAAACACAGCAUUGCGUAUUACCAGCGCCGAAAUCUUCCAAGGAUUGCGUGACACUACGUGUUCAUUUGCCUUUUGUUGCUGCUCGAGGAGCUGUUUGGACGAAGUGAGCAGAUUGCAUGAUAUUCCUGAUUAGGGAACAGAAUAAUUUGCAGAUGUCCUGUUAGAACGGGCUUAUAUUUUCGUAGGGAAAAUACAGUAAUUUCCACGAGUUAACAUGGUGAUCUAAAGUCUGUCUUCAUACGUUGUUGUAGACUAGAGUUCCACCGAAAUACUUCAUCGAAGUGUUUGCCCCCGAUGUAGUUGAAGAUACACAUAGGAACUCUAGUAAAGUGACCGUUUGGGCUGAAAGGAAAACAAAAGGAUUACGUAAAACUCCCAGAGUGUAAUGAAAGAAGUCUUUGAUACAUCGAUCAUGGGAUUGUCAUGUCUUACCUCUGUGGUAAAGGAAUUCCCAGGCUGAGGAAUUCCUAAUAAUGUGAAGAGUAAUGAAGUGAUAUUUUGUACACUCGAAGGGGUAUUUCUAGUAGUCCAAGGGGUAUUUUUUACUGUUCUAGGGGUCUUUCUUACAGUCCUAAUGGUAUUCUUUGCGUUAUAGGGCAUUAUGUUUUUUUUUGUUUUUGUUUUUUUUUUGGCGGUUCUAGAAGUAUUUCUUGCGUUCCUUUAUUCAGAAAACUAUAAAAUCGCCCAAUAUCCAGAUUAACUGAUUCGUAUGUGAGGCUGAGUUUGUUUCAUUAACAAUUUAGGCGUCAAAUUGUUCAUUUUGAACAAAAAAGGUAUUUGUCGAAGGAAUUACUCCUUCCGAUUGUUCCUCAAUAAACUUCGAAUGUCAUUAGUAUGCUGGUAAUUUUGUUUAAAUAAUAAUUUUUUCAGUUGACACACUUUGACAUGUACGUGCAAUUUGUCAAAUUUACUCUGUUCGGAUUCAUCAGCUUAUGGCCAUUGUUAACUACGUAAUUUGUCAUGAAUAGAAAUAGCCUUUUUAGUGACUCCGUGGAUUCAGCUGCUAGGACUACACAUUCAUCAUAGGGAACUCAAGGUACUUGGAAAUUAAAGCUUCAUUCACAGAGUAAUGUUGAUUCGAACUGUUUGAGGGAAAUUGCCAAAGAGACAUGGUUGUGAUUGUCAUUGGAAUUGAUAAUUAAUCUGCCAGUUGUUAUAAUCUGUUACAAACAGCAAUACUCCAUGCCUUUAUCUCAGUCUCUAUUCAAAAUGGUUUUUUUGAUGCGUUCGUACCUAUAUUUGAACAAGCACAUCAUUCUGUCUGUAAUUAACACUUUGAGACAGUGUACAAGCGGUCAUAAGAAUUAUAACUUCUGUAUAAGAUGAAUUUUUUUACUUAAGGGUUUUGUUUCCAUACAAACGAAAGUACUUAAACCACAGGAGGUAAAUUGUUCUUCAUGUAGUUUUCAUGUUCAUUGUUCCAAGUGAAUGGUUUUUCCUUCAAAGCAAGGCAGUCAUUUUCAAAACUCUUUAGUGUUGCCUCGUAACUUGCCGACUUAACUUGUGGCGCUGUAACUCGUCGAAAACUUUUUUCCUUUUGCAAUUAACACACAAUGAACGAUAGUGAAGACAACGGCAUAGAUAACAGCUCCUCGCUGUCUGUGGAAGUAUACUUCGCUGGAUAUCAGAUGUACGAUAUAUUUCUGAACGCUGCCUUUGCGGUUCGACUUCUCUUGGCCUUCCUGGGUGUCAUUGCUAACUGUACUGUAUGUGGUGUUCUUCUCCGACAGAAAAGAUUAACGAAGAACUUUUCGAACUUUCACCUCUUCAAUAUUGCAUUAACUGAUAUAGUUUUUAGAGUAGUUCUUACGCCAGUGCUUGCUACCAUUGAAAACACUGCUGUUGAACAUGGCAACAACGCAGUUUGCAAGCUGGUCGCGUUUUCCUCCUACACCACAUUGGCCGUAACAUUCGCGCUGCUUUUAGGAAUGGCUUUCGAUCGCUAUGUACAUAUUGUUCGUCCUAUUAAAGCAAGGAAAAUCACAUGGAAACACAGCCGAAAUGUUGUGGUGAUUUCAUGGCUGUACGCGGCACUUUGUUCAUCGCCAAUCCUGUUCAGUAUGAAAUACACUAAAUUGGAUUGGAAUCUGACGGACAGUUCAGUAUACGAGAUAUGUAUUCCCAUUUUGGGCAUUCCAUCUCAAGUUUCUUCCACUGUGUUUCUCGUGUUUGCAUUUUUAAUCCCUUUAGUUCUUAUGGCUGUGGCAUACAGCAAGGUUUUGAAAAGUCUCUGGCAGCACGCGCGAAGUAAAGUGAUCAAUUCAAAACUAGCCGAAGCAAAGGUUCGAGCCGUUAAAAUGAUGGUCAUUAUUGUAUUGGCUUAUUCCAUCAGCUGGGGUCCACAACUGAUUUGGCUUUGCCUUCAAGCUUUCGAGGUUAUUUCUCUGGAAGACGAUUAUUUCUGGGAGGGAGAAGAAAUUUCCUACGAAUCCCAAAUAGAAGCGCAGAAAUACUACAUAAAGUUACUAAUCAUUGACGAUAUCAUAGAGGCGUUUACAUUUACAAGUUCGAUUCUGAAUCCCGUAAUCUUUGGUUAUUACAGUAAGUCUUUUCGAGAAGAUCUCAAGAAAUGUUGUGAAGGAAAGUGUUUUAACAUUUUUCAAAAAUGCAAGCACAAGGCAAAAAAUCCGAAAAAAGUUGAAAAGAAAACUGUCCGUUCAGUUGAAAUGGAAGAAGACAACACGAGAGCUGUUGGAAAUAAUUACUCGUUAGCAAACGGAGCAGUAAUUAGAGAAGAUUGUCUAGAAACGAAGUUGUAA